AUGUCGGGCACGCUGCUCGAGCAGGCGCGGAACCUGCACGAGGACCUCGAGAUCCUCGAGAAGGCCAUGUACCGGGAGCUGGGCGACCCGGCGACGGCGCACCUCAAGCGGGUCGAUGAGGUCGCCCGCGACCAGGUGGUGGCGACGCUGCUGGACGCGCACACGCAGCGCGCCAAGAGGCUGGCUGCCGUCUACGAGGACGGCGACGGUGCACGGAGGGAGGAGAUCCAGGCGAUGUCGGGGUCGACCGUCUUCAGCGCCUUCUACGACCAGCUCAAGCUGCUGCGCGACUACCACCGCAAGCACAACAUCGCGCCGCCGAGCGAGGUGUACGAGCGCGAGCUGCUCGUCGACGUGCUCGAGGGCGCCAACGAGCAGACCUUCACGGGGGAGGAGGCGGAGGGGAGGUACCUCGACAUGCACGCGCUGCACGAGGCGUAUAUCAACCUCAAGGGCGUCGACAAAGAGACAGACUACGCCUCUUACCUCAAGGCCGCCGCGCAGCUCGCCAACCACCUUUAA